AUGGGAGACGCAUCGAUGAGCAGCGUCCCAAUAUUGGACAUCCGCCUGCCCGAAUCGUCUAUUGGAUCUCUCGCCGAUGGCAUUCGGAGGUCGAUGAACCCACCACCGGGUACAUCGAAAAGCCUGUCCACCCUCUUACUUUAUGAUGAGAAGGGUUUGAGGAUUUUUGAGGACAUCACCUACCUGGAGGAGUAUUACCUCACCAAUGCCGAGAUCGAAGCAUUGCAGAUCAACGCGGCAACGAUUGCAGCACAACUUCCGAGCGGCAUACGACUCCUUGAAUUGGGCAGCGGCAAUUUGAGGAAGGUCGAAAUCAUUCUGAAAGCCUUCGAAGCCGCUGGCAAAGAUGUUGAGUAUUUUGCGUUGGACCUGUCUCUUCCAGAGCUCGAGCGAACAUUUGCUUUGCUGGACACAGCACGAUACAAGCAUGUCAGGUUCAACGGCUUGCACGGAACGUAUGAUGAUGCACUGUCAUGGAUAAGCAAGCAUGCUGCCAGCGACGACAGACGCACCAUUUGUAUACUCACACUAGGCUCCUCAUUGGGGAAUUUUUCGCCUCAGGAUGCCGCUCAGUUCCUCUCUAGCUUCGCGCAUGUGAUUGGUCCAUCCGACCGAAUCUUGGUGGGGAUUGACGCAUGCCACGAAUCGGACAAAGUGUACCAGGCGUACAAUGAUAAGGCUGGUGUCACCACCCGCUUUUAUGAGAACGGCCUCGAGAACGCAAAUCGACUCUUGGGUUAUCCAGCAUUUCAACGGCAGGAUUGGAGAAUCGAGACUGCAUACGAUUCGGAGGACCACAAGCAUCACGCUUGGUACGUCGCUGUCAAGGACAUCGAAACUCGAGAUUUCGCCGUGAAGUCUGGAGAGAUCGUGACGCUCGAAGAAUCCUGGAAAUUUCCGCGGGACAGGCAGAACCAAAUUUGGCGCGAAGCCGGACUGAUCAACACCAUGGAGUUCUCGAAUAAGUCUGGCGACUACCAGAUCCACUUGCUGUCGCCCACUCACCUCGAGUUCAAAGAGAAGGCCGAAGAAUAUGCUCCAUCGCCCAUCCCGAGUAUUGGAGACUGGGAGAAUUUGUGGGCGGCAUGGGACACCGUGACCAAAGGAAUGGUCCCGGAAGACGAGCUUCUCAAUAAGCCUAUCAAGCUGCGAAAUGACUUGAUAUUUUACCUUGGCCACAUCCCAGCCUUUGCUGAUAUCCAUCAUACAAAAGCAACGGGCGAUAGUUAUGUCGAGCCAGCAAGCUUUCCCAAGAUGUUCGAACGUGGGAUCGAUCCAGAUGUCGAUGACCCGAGCAAAUGUCACGAUCAUUCCGAAAUCCCGGACAGCUGGCCAUCUUUGGCGGAGUUGACGGAAUACCAAGACCGCAUCCGUGCACGCUUUGUCGAUAGCAUUGGAAGUGGUCGGGUUGAGACUGAUCGUCGGUUGGGCCGAGCAUACUGGCUUGCUUACGAGCAUGAGGCCAUGCAUCUGGAGACAUUCUUGUACAUGCUUAUCCAAAGCAACAGGGUCCUGGCUCCUCCAGGCUAUGCUUUGCCAGACUUCGAGAGGCUUGCUUCCGAGGCUGCCGAACGACGUGCUCAGAAUGGCUGGCAUCAUAUCCCAGGAGGAAAGAUAUCCAUGGGCUUGGAAGACGCCGAAAAUGACGAAGGUCCUGAUCGAUUUUUCGGAUGGGACAUCGAGCGUCCGCCACGCGUUGCUCAAGUCAAGCCCUUCGAGGCGCAGAGCAGACCCAUCAGCAAUGGAGAAUAUGCGCUGUUCCUCGAGGAGACUCAUGCAGAAACGCUUCCGGCUUCUUGGAUCGCCAAAAAGACUAAGUCGUUGGUGUAUACGAACGGGACCAAGAGCCCGAGCGUCAACGGUACCAAAGUAGCCAGUGAUUCUUUCGUUGACGGCAAAAGCAUCCGCACUGUAUAUGGACCGCUACCGCUCAAAUUUGCUUUGGACUGGCCUGUCAUGGCUUCGUAUGACGAACUCGCGCAGUACGCCAAAUGGGCCAAUGGCCGCAUUCCAACGGUCGAGGAGGCUCGAACCAUUUACAAUUUUGUGGAGAGGAAGAUGCAAGCUCUCGAGAAACCUGGUGAAUUGAUCUCGGCAGUGAACGGCCACCUCGUGAAUGAUGGUGUGGAGGAGACACCGCCGUCCCAUCAUGCGUACCAGCCGCCAACGGCAGCGCUCCCGUCCCCAAAACCCACUUCGUCGAUCUCGUUGGCUGCAAUGUCGGCUUCAAAAGCUGGACGCCCACACCAGUAA